GUCACGACAGACGCCCGGCGUCGUCGUCGUCGUCGUCAUCCUCGUUGUCAUAUAAUGUCACUCUAGUUACAUUACUUAGACUCGCGUGUUUGGCACAGUUUCUACUCAGUAUUGUUGAGAAUGUCCUCGUGAUAACAUCGUUCUAAUCAUUUCUCUCAUUCGAUUGAUAAAUUUAUCAUAUUAAUUUAAAUAAUUAUAUAUUUAUAUAAAUAUUUAUUUACAAUAUGUUAUUUUAUUUUUUUAAUUCAAAAUUUAUGUCAUCUUAAAUAAGUUUAUUAAAAUUAUAAAAUUCAAGUUAAGUGACAGAUGAAAUUUUAAAUUUUAUCUGAGUGUAUGACUGGAGAAAUUCGAUAUGAGUAUCGUAGGAAAAACAAUCACCGAGAAAAGAUGACAUCACGCCGACAUGUCCUCGCGGGCAUCCGCAGGACAAUUAUUGUCGCCGGUGUCCUUGCACUUAUCAUCCUUGCACUCUCCAGUCAAGAUGGUUCGAGCAAUAGCCUUCAGCAGUCGUCGGCAGAAAAAGAAACAGCUCAAUCGGCAGAAGAAAGAUUACUUGAGAUGAGUACAAUGGCAGAGACUGAGCUACGAUUAAUUGAAAGACGUAAAUUAUUGACGAAAAGAUGCAGCGAGAGUGGGUUGGAUCGCCCGGGAAAUGAUUCAAUACAUAAACCUAAUGCAUGGGAAUUUUUUGUUAAUCGUGACUACCAUCUUAUCUGGUGUAAUAUAUUUAAAGCUGCAUCUACAUCGUGGAUUUAUAACUUCAACCGACUUGCAGGAUACAGUCCUCAAUUUUUGAAAGCAUCAAAAGCCGUACCAGUAUCAUUAGCAAGACAAAGAUAUCCGCGGCCUACCGCCGAAGAAUUAUCACGAUAUUUAAAUGAUAGCGUGAGCUUCCUUAUAGUUAGACAUCCUUUUGAACGUCUUCUCAGUGCUUAUAGAGAUAAACUUGAGCAAAGUUUACCUAAUACACUUCACAGUAAAUUAGGCGUACGAAUUAUUAAUCAAUACCGUUAUAAAGAUUCAAAACAUCGAACAAGACGUGGUCCACGUUACCCACUAUUUGAAGAGUUUGUGAGAUGGCUAUUGUGUGAAUGGCAAGCUGGUAAUGAGCUAGAUAUGCAUUGGACACCAAUAUUAAAUUUCUGUACACCUUGUCAAGUUCGUUUUGACUUUAUCGCUAAAUUUGAAACGCUUCAAGAUGAUCAGAAUUAUAUUAUAAAACACGUGCAUUUAGAACAUAUGAUUAAACCAGAAUGGAAAAAUCCAGCGCGUGGUGCUCAAACAAAAGAUGUUAUGAAAAAAUAUUUUGUGCAAUUAUCAAAAAAUCAAAUAAGUGAUCUUUAUGAAAUGUUUAGAUAUGAUUUUGAACUCUUCGAUUACUCUCCAAAUGAAUAUAUAGCGAUUGGUAAAGACAUUACAAUUCCUUCAGAAUGUAAAAAAUAAUUGGUAAUUAAUAAUUUAAAAUAAUAAUUAUAAAAAAAAAUGAUUAUCAUUAAAAACCAAAGUUAUUUAAUAUAAACAAGAAACAUAUUUUAAAUUAAAACGUAAUGCACAAUUGCAAUUAUAUUAAUUUAAAUAUUUAAAUAUAAAAAUAUGCUUUUUCCAUAUCUUUUAUAAUAAUUCCCGUUAAAUAUCAUUGUAAAUUUUAUUUAACUACUUUUAUUCUACCGGUUAUUUAUAUACGUAUUAAAUAAUUAAUUCACUUGUUAUUAAUUAAUUGUUAAUUAUUCUACAAGAAAAAAUGUCCAGCUUCCAUUCACUAAUCACGGUGAAGUUAGUUAGUUGCAUUGAUAAAUUAAUUAGUAGAUUAUUAAUUAAAAAUGGCCUAAUAUUAAUAAAAGAAAAGAAAUUUAGUAAAUUAAAAAUAAAUAAAUUUUAAAAUAGAAUUUAGAAAUUAAAAUUAAAUAAACAAUCAAUC